GACUAAUUUUACGGCUAUUUUUAAAACCCGCUUUGAAAAAAAGACAGUACAUUUGAUUUUUUUUUGUAUGAAAAUGGACGGAUUUCGAUAAACUGGUUAUUGCACUGAAUUUUAUUUCUAAAAUGCGCGCUUUCAUGUGUGAAGACAUUAUAGUUUUAUCUCUUCUCUCUCUUGUGGGCUAUUCUCACGGAGCAUGCACGUAUAGUGCUAUUGACACGGACUUAAAUACUUGUGUCGCAGCUGCUACCACAUCCAGUACCGUGCGAUGGUUCUUUCCACACGGGACCUUAGCUGAGCAAGCCGAGCUAUGCCAGAAUAGUGCUCAAACUGCAUUAGCCACGUGCAUUAGAGCGAUAUUCUCGGCAUGCAAGCUGGAAGCCAAAAGUUUGAAAAUGUUCAGUACCACGGGUGACAAUAUCAUCAACGCCUACACAAAUCUGUGUUCUGCGACAUUGAUAACUGAAGCGCAGGCUUGUAUGUCGGUUGUAUCAGCAACGUCAACGUUUACAACGGCAGAGACGGCGUUCACAACUGACGUCACAGCACUACCAGACGCCGCUACGAGUAUAGAAAUAUGUGGACUGGCAACAACGAUGGAAUACGUGGCAUAUGCAUCUCUCCUCACUGUCACGUGCACAGAUCCCACACAUCUUGCCGUUUGGGGUAGCUUCUUCUCAACAAUAUUGGACACGUAUGCUUGCACGUGCAGCUUGGCAGUCACGUGUCAGCUGAGUCACGUGAUCAUGUUGUUAACUGUGUUGAUUGCGAGUUGUUUCAAUGGCAUAUUCAGAGUUUUGAAAAUCUAAAGGCCAAAAGUGUAAAUGCUUUUUGUUUGUUACGGGUUUAUCCUGCUACCAAAGUGACAAGUAUAUUUCUGGCAAUCUUGUAGCAUUUUUAUUUUAUUCCGAAUUACAUCCAAAGGAUGUUCAUGUGCUACACAAAAUAGUCCCAUUCAUGAACAAUGAAAAAAAAUCCCAUUCAUGAACAAUGCGGAUGAAUUAUCAGUGGUUAAGCAGUUCAACCGGUUGCAUCCAUUCACACCGACCAUUUAGAUUAUACAAGACUUAUAAGUAUUCCAGCCCAUGGUCAUAUCACUGAUUUCCAGCUGGCAAUUUAGACAUCUUCGUGUCAGAUCAUGUAGAGUUCAUAUUACAUAUGAGGCACGUUUGUAUUUGUUUCUCAUACAUGCAUACUAAUUUGAUAGAUUGGCAUUUAAAUAGAAAAAAAAUCGACCAAAACCCGCAACCACCAUACGUCUCAAGGCUUUGAUUACCUAACUGACUAGAUCCCUGGGCAAACAAACAAAAGAUUUCUUUCGACCGUUAAUGUUUUGUUGUUUAAUCAUAAUAAUCUCGUCAUAUCAUAAAAUAAAAUAUCAAAAUCA